AUGGCUGAUCUUCUCGUGCAAGCACGUCGCGCCUCUGUCCUCCAUGCUCCUCCAGGCGCCCAAGUUGUACCCCGAAGCGAGGCAAAAUUAGAACAGCCUUCAUCUCACAAAGGCACCGGAGGGCGUGGAGGGCUUCGGAAGGUCGUAUCAAGAACCCUUCGAGACGCCAACAAUGCACUCCUUUCCUGGAAGGAUGGCCUGACUGUGGAGGAGCGCGAGCGCCUUCGGUUACGGGAGGAAACAAAGGCUUGCCUUGAUGCUCACAUGAAAUCGGUAUGUUUUAUUUCUGUCAUUGCCGCCACUAGCCUUACUCGCCUAACCCUCGAAUUGCAGGCCGAGACAUACACUCAGUGGAAAGAAGCCGCCGAGCAGCUAGAUAUACUCGAAGGCAACGACAAGUGGAAGAAGGAGACGGUGUCUGACGAAUAUGAUUUUCUCCUCAUUCAAGAGCGUCUGCGUGCGCUCGACGACGCUCGUCUCAGCCGCGAUAUCCGCUCCAUGAUGCACCUCAUUCGCACCGAGUUGAGUCGAGACCUCGGAGGCAUGGGCAGUGUCGACCUGUACCGCCAUUCCCACGCGGGCACCAAGAAGCUGAUAGAGCGCUACGUCGAGUCGGCCAUCGAGACGAUUGACGCCAUUGUCGCCCAGAGCGCCUUGGACCACCACACCAUCCACAACAAAGAUUUGCUAGACGGCAUGUUGUUCUCUCGCCAGAGCUUCGGUCGCAGCGCCCUGCUGCUUUCCGGCGGAGGCACGUUUGGCAUGACACACAUUGGCGUGCUCAAGGCAUUGUUCGAACAACAGUUGCUGCCGCGCAUUAUAUCCGGCGCCAGCGCAGGGAGCAUUGUGUGCGCCGUCAUGUGCACCAAAACGGACGAGGAGAUUCCCGACCUAAUACGAGACUUUCCCUACGGUGACUUGGCUGUUUUCGAAGCAGAGGACAGCAACGUCGGUAUGCUGGGCCACAUGCGACGUCUCUUGACAGAAGGCAGCUGGUCCAACAUUGAGAAUCUCACCCGGGUCCUGCGCGGCUUGCUGGGGGACAUUACGUUUCAAGAAGCCUACAAUCGCACGCGCCGCAUCCUCAACAUUUGCGUGUCCACGGCGUCCAUUUACGAACUGCCACGACUGCUCAACUACGUCACAGCACCCAACGUCAUGAUUUGGUCGGCGGUUGCCGCGUCCUGUUCGCUCCCGCUGGUAUACACGUCGUCUCCGUUGCUGGUCAAGGACCCCGUCACCGGCGAGCACCACCCGUGGACACCGACGCCUCACCGGUUCAUUGACGGCUCCGUCGACAAUGACCUGCCCAUGACCCGCUUGGCCGAGAUGUUCAACGUGAACCAUUUCAUUGUCUGUCAGGUCAAUCCGCACGUGGUCCCCUUCUUGUCCAAGGACAAUGUUCUUCCCCAAGAUAACAGGCCGACGGCCCCGGCCUCAAGCGCCUCGCGCUCCAACGACGCUGACUGGACCUAUGCCGUCACCACGUUGGCGAGGGACGAAGCUCUGCACCGGCUUCAGUUCAUGGCUGAGCUGGGCAUCUUCCCCAACCUGAUGACCAAGUGCCGAACCAUCCUGAGUCAAAAGUACUCUGGCGACAUCACCAUCCUGCCAGAGAUUGCCAUGCAUGAUCUACCAAAGCUCCUGAGCAACCCCACCGUUGACUUUAUGCUUCGCUCUUGCGCCCUUGGCGAACGCGCGACCUGGCCGCGGCUGAGUCGCAUCCGAGACCGCUGCGCCAUUGAACUCUGUCUAGACCGUGCCGUGCACCACCUCCGCGCCCGCGUCGUCUUCUCCGAGAGCCAGCGGAAUCUGCGGGAGCUGACGACGGAGAUGAGCCAGAUGCAAAUCAACAUGAUGCCCACGAUUGCCUCGCAGUCCCCCACGCCGGUUGCCGGACAAUCCGCGGCGGGCGACGGCACACCCCAGCCGCCUCCGUCGCGCCGACGCCGCCGAUCGGGGAGCAGCGUCCAAACCAUGCCCGGCUUCCGUGCCGCCCUGGAUAUCGGCGUCACGGAUGACGACACGGCAGCCGAGGAACGCCAUGAGCUCUUGUCGCGUGCACAGGGGGCCCACCGCAAACCGCGUCUCAAGAGGUCCAGCAAAAGUCAAAUCAGCAUGCCCCAGCACAGGGCGCCUGCAAACCUCGAUGAUCAUGCCGUUGCCGAGUUUAACUUUGCGAGGCCCAUGCGCAAGUCAGCCGGCAUGGGCAGAUUCCCGGAAUCGCCCGCCGUGUGGUCCGAACGCAUCAUGGGCUUGUCGCGGGGAGAAGCAGCCUCGCCGACGGACGACGUCGAAACGAGCGAGCUGGAUCGUUCGAGCGACGCCGACGCCGAUGCCGAGCAGGCCACUGAGGAGAGCGAUCCGGAUCCGUACGAUGUCUCUGUGCGAAGUGGCUACAAGAAGGGGCGGAGAUAG